AUGUCCCCCUCGGUUCUUCCCACGUCGACUGCCCAGUCAACAAGUCAGAUGAAAGUGAUUCUCAAAAGAUCCGUGUGGGAUCCAGUAGACCGGAGUCCUGUGCAGGUGGAGGAUCUAGACCUCGACAAAUCCUACGUGGACGAUCUGAAAGAGGCAACAAAAAAAGAAGGGGAUAAUCAAGACUUCAAAAUACCAGCCAAACAGACCUGGAUCAACCCCAACCCGGGAAAGGUUCCCCUAUAUGACAUCGAGCAAUUACCAGAGGGCUGGCAUCCAGCAGAACCGGAUCUAGACGAUGAUGAUACGGUGCGUCAAAUUGAAAGAUGUUACGAACGACUUGAUGAGGGGAUCAUGCCCCAUAUCUUCGAAAGUAAGCUAGAAAGACUUGAAACAGCUCUCAUUUCUGCUGACCUGCCUUCGUAUAAUAGAAUGUUCAAGCCUAGAGAGGACUCCACACUGCCCGAAGCAGUUGUUCAAAGAUUGGAAAGCCUUGACAGCCUUUGGGAAAGCAUUUACAAAGCUGGCGACCGAUUCGAACAACUAGUUAACAUCGAAGCUGUCAUGGACGCCUAUAGGUCCGGUGAAUUGCUAUGGAAUGGCCUUGUCACGUAUUGGUCCUUUGGUAGCCAACUCUGUCAGCCUAGACCUUUCAAUUGGGACGAAUUUGAGGCGAUAAAUGAAAGAUACGAGGGGAGCUUGUCUUUCUGGACUGAAGGACUGGACGGACCUGGGGAUGAACACUGGAAAUAUUGUAUAUCAACUAGUCCUUCUGCCAUGCACAGGUUUCUACACGUGUACAGGGUUGCCUUUCGUCUUCCCAACUUCCAGUACUGGGAGGAAAUGACAAUGUUAUACGAUACUGGGGCAACGAUGACAAGAAUAUUUUGGGACGACGUCGUUCGGCUCCAAGGCGAAUUCACCACAGAUGGUCAUCCCAUCCCGAUAGUGGGAGCAGUCCGCGCCGAGGAGAUGACCUCUUUUACCGGUGCAACUGUGAUAAUGAUCGAAGUCUGUCUAAUAAACCAGGCCCAGCCCAACAUUCGUGAAACACCAUGGAUCAGAAUCCAAUGUGCCGUCUCUGAGGGACCAGCUGAUCCAAGAUAUCCCCAACGACUUGAUGGACCCUGGUUACGGCAGUUUAUGCAUACUGCGACUGAACCAGACGGAUACAAUCGGAUACGUAUUGCGAGCAAUAGAAGCGAGCUGUCAUUGAUCAGGUUUGGACUGCCUCACACGGUGGAUCGACGUUUGCCUAGAAUUCCAUACUAUACAGUUGAGCGGGGUGAGCUUGAAGUACCACCCGCCAUACGACCGGCAGAUUUUUCGGGAAACUCUUCAGAAGAAGCAGAGAGAAGAGUGGUUAAAAGGAGCAAGAAGAUGCCUAAGGCAAGCCGACGUGGGAUUGAAGACGAUGUUGUUGGCUAG